GGCGGUAAGUAGUACAUCAUGCAAAACGGAGGUUUGCAUGAUGGAGGAGGACAAAUGAGAAAGACAGCUCAAAGUGCAAAGUUUUUUGCAAAACUGGAUUAUUUUGGAAUUUCCUGGAAAUUUCAAAAGUCGUGAACGAGUCGAAUUUUUGGAAGGCAGAGUGGAACACAUAGUUUGAGAGCGAUAAGGUGAAAUUUUGCGAGCCUUAUCAUGGCUGCUGCUGCUCCUACCUUUUCUGUCCCACUUCCGGACGGCAUCCCAACCGUUGCUCCAGCCCCUGUCGUAGGACCGAGCCCUUGGCUGGGGGUUGUUUCGAACUUUAAAACUGGUGAAGAUCAUGGACAAAGUCUGAAGUUUUCACCAUUUGAUGGAAAUCGUCUCGCAUGCUCGACAGGAGGAGAUUAUGGUCUCACAGGUCCUGGUCGUGUCUAUAUUCUCGACAGAGACAUGAAUAGUGGAGAAUGGAAGCAGCAGCUCGUAGCAGAUUACAGAGACAAUUUACUGGAUAUUUGUUGGUGUGAGUCGGAUCCGAAUGUAUUGACAACAGCGGCAGGGGAUGGAUUUGUACAAGUUUGGAAUUUGUCUUCGAAAUUUCCAAAGGUUCCGGUCCAUGAGUUCAAAGGACACAAAGUAGAAAUGUCUUCGGUGGAAUGGUCACCUUCGAAAUUUGGAAAUAUUUUGUUAGCCGCAUGUUGGGAUGGUCAAGUUUGUUGUUACGAUAUGACUGGUCCUUGGCCUCUGUUGAAAAUGGUAGCCUCUGAAGUGAUAGUCUACCAAGCAGCGUGGUCUCCCCAUACGCAAUACACUUUCGCCUGCGUUUCUCAAGAAGGUGUACUCCAAGUAUGGGACAUGCAAGCAAACAAUGCAAAAGCACAAAUUUUUCUCCCCGUUUCUGACUCUGAACUCCUUGCCAUCGACUGGGCGAAAUAUGCUGAUAAUGUGUUGGCGACGGCCGGAUCGGAUUGCAUUGUGAAAGGAUGGGAUUUAAGAAAUUAUUCGCAACCACUGUUCACCAUAAUGGAUCAUGGACAUGCCGUGAGACGCGUGAAAUUUUCUCCAUACCAUCCAACCGUGUUUGCUUCUGUCAGUUACGACAUGAGUUUAAGGAUAUUUGAUUACCACAUUUCGGACGAAAAUCUUGAAAUAAUCGCGGAUCACACUGAAUUCGUUUAUGGCGUGGAUUGGAACUUACACUACAGAAAUGAAAUUGCUACUUGUGCCUUUGAUAACACAGUCAAAAUUCGGACCCCAAAGUGUCUCGUUGGUACAUAAUAAUAUAAGGCAGAACGUGAAUGUGCACAAGUUUCCAAAAAUCCAGAUUGAAAAUUUUAUUAAUUAAAUUGUAUUCAAUUUACGGCAAUGUACUACUACUAUAAAUUAAAUUGCUCAUUGUAGUUUCUUGUGCGAUUUCCAAUUCCUUGUAUCUUUCUGUAUUUUCUUAUCCAGGAGGCCAUCCUAGUUGACUAUAAUAUUUAAUUUAUGCAAAUAGUUAACUUUUACUGUGGCAAUCGUGGUUUAUGCUGAUGUUAAAAAAUAAGCUCAAGUUACGUACCGGCCUCCAAGAACGUGAAUAUGGAGAUGAUAGACAGAUUGACACCUAAAUAUAUGCAUAUGCAUUUAAAGAAUUACAAAUGUACCCAAUAAUUGGAAUAUUAAACUUUGAUUUAUAAUAGAUA